AUGCCCGAGAUGAAGACUACAGCAAGGAAGUCCACCGGAGGAACCGCAGAACGAAUGUUGCUCUCAAGCACCGUCGACCAUACUUCAGUUGCGCAGACUCAAGAUGUAGAUGAGGAUGAAUUGGAGCAUAACGAUUUCUGCAUCGUUUGCAGAGAUGGAUCAAGCAACAGAAUUUUUUGUUGUAACGAAUGUCCGCGGGUCACUUGUAUCGAGUGCUUGAACAUUCCCAAGAACUGCCAAGCGGCGGUGACGGCUGCCGACGUCUCCUUCAUUUGCAUCGUCUGUCACGUGAGGGAGCAAAAGGACAAUGAUAUUCCAGCGCCUUAUUUUGGAUUUUACAAGGACGGAAUUCCCUUACUGGCAGAAUUCCUGCCCAUCCUCGCCGCCGUCGAAGUGUCGCUUAAAGGAGAGAUGUCUGCAGUACCCGUUCUGUUUCUCCAUCUCAAACUCGUGAAUUUCGACGCAAACCAGUGGGCCAUUCGAACUGGCCUACCAUUUCCUCGAACCCUCGCCACAUAUGAACAAGACGUCGGCAAGCUUUUGAACGACCUCCUGCCUCAGCCGCGUUGGACUCGCGUUGUGAUUGCCAUUACGAAUCAUUCGGACAGCGACAGCGGGGAUCUCUUUGCAGGAUACCGAGGCAAGAACUACAUUUCUGCGACGGUACAAAAUUUCCUUGACGUCCUCUUCAAACCAUGGAAGGCUCUCCUCGAUCGUGCACAGGAGUCCUAUCUCUGGCUCUUUUGCUGCGGCGCCCUUGUCAACAAACCUAAGUCCUCCGCUGCAUUACGAACCUGGGUCGACCGUAACCCAAUCACUGCAGCCAUUGCCUUUACCGCAGUCCGAUUCCAGCCCGGUUUCACAUGCCAUCUGCUACUUGCAUUCGCAGAGCUCGUCCUUAUCGAACGAUGGGAAAUCGGCAUCGCAUUUCCUCACAUGCUUGGCCAAUCCAACCGACUUGGACGGCACACCGAUAUCGUUUUAAUGCUGAAGAAGAACAGGGAGUUGGGAUCGCUUACGGUGGUAAAAUUUAGCUGGGCGAAUGUCGACAACCGUCCUUGGGGGCAGUAUUUGCCCUUCCAAUGUCCAGGAUGCGGAUGGGCACAGGCUUGGCGAUCUGCGAGCAAGGCAAGGGUUUAUACUUAUGAGUGCAAGAACGAUCAUUGCGGACAGACGUUCACAUUUCAUCAACCUCGUGGAUCAAAGAUGUUGCCACAGGGGAAGACGGGCAGCAGUUGCUGGCUAUCUAUUCCCCUGUAA